AUUGAUAUUAAGAUAACAGGCCCUUGUUCAUUUUGGGAACUGAGUCUAUAGGUCAGAGAAAAUGGAAAUCUUAAGAUUGGCCCAGUCAAAAAGAAACAUUACCAGUUUGAACACGGACCUUGAAAGGGAUAUGCAGAGACUAGAUGAAGCAAAUCAGGAACUUCUUCUCAAAAUCCGAGAGAGAGAAGAUAAGAUUCGGAGGCUGGAAAGUGAGAUCACUCAGACCAGAGACCUGGUGGAAGAUGAAGAGUGGGAGAAGGAGAACCGUACCACGAUGGAAAGGGAAAGAGCCCUGCAGGAGCUGGGAGAAGAAACAGACAGACUUGAAAAGAAGAAUGAAACGUUGGUCCACAGUAUAACAGAACUUCAACGAAAGCUUACAAGGAAAUCACAAAAGAUAACCAAUUGUGAACAAAGCAAUCCAGAUGGAGACCCAGAAGAGAUAAAGGCUAAGUUACAACAGCUGGAAGCUUCCUACGCACGCCAAGAGAAGGAGCUGCUCAAGGUAAUGAAGGACUGUGCAUUUGUGGCCCAGCUCUGUGAAGAUCAAGCCUUCUGCAUAAAGAAGUACCAGGAAACGUUGAGGAAAAUAGAAGAAGAACUAGAGGCUCGGUUCCUUGAGAGAGAAGUAUCAAAACUCACGAGCAUGAACUCUGUGGAAAAAGAGCAUACCAGCCAACAUAAUGAGGGUAUGCCUACCCAUAAGACAGCAGUAUUAUUCAGUAAAAAGUUUUUUUGCUGUCUGUUUUUCAUCACCCUGUUUUUCAUCAGACUGCUGAGCUACGUGAUUUUUCAUGUAAGGUUUAUAAAUCCAGAUCUCCUCGUCAAUGUACUGCCCAGGGUACUGAGCAGGAGCAUCUUGUGGAAGCUCAGAUGCGUCUUCUUUCCAUCUCUCACACUUGAGACAGAGGACAUGUUACCCCACUGAUCCCGAAGAAAUAUCCUUGAGCAACAGAAGGGAAGUGGGAUGCUAGCAUGUAGAAAGAAGGCAGGAGACUUGGAGAGGAAAGAGGUUUGCUUCAGUUUUUUCCUCAAGGUUUGCCUAGUUGACUACCUUCUCACUCCACAUCAUCUAUCUAAGAUUAACCUCGUCCAGUAAAAGGCUCUGUAAUA